GGUUCAGUUGUGGAUAGCUGAAGGCUUUAUAGUGGACAAGUAUGCAGAGAAGAUGGAGGAUACUGGCAUUUCGUAUUUCAAUUACUUCGAGAAUAAAGGUUAUUUUUUGCCCUCAAGAUGUAAUUUUGGAGUGGAUUUUGAUUCGGUCUCCUCGGUGACUUGCAAUUCCAACAACCUGUACAAGAUAAAUACUGAAAAGGCUGAUGUUUCAAAAAAAAAAACUUCUCGGGAUCAUUAUUCCAGAGCAGUGGAUCCGGUUUCUAUCUCACGACACACAGUUUCUCAGGCUGAGGAUGGAUUAAAAUUGGUGGAUGAGCCUUCUAUUGCAGAAAACAAAAUUUCUAUGGUUGAUAGUUAUUUUGGAGCCCUGGAAGUGGUUUCUGUUUCAGAAAACACACUUUCCCGGGCUAAUGAUUUGAGAGCCAGGGAAAUGGUUUCAGGGUACACAGCUUCUGAGCUUGAUUAUUUUAGAGCUGCAGAUGCAAAUCUGUAUGGAACCUCUGCAACUACAACACGACAUUUGUCUUUGACGUUUAAAGACAUCGAUGAUAUGAGUUUUGAAAAACUGAAGGAACUGAAGGAACUGCGCACACUGCUUUUUCUCUCGGAUAGUGGAUCUUCCAUUACGCAUGUUCCUCGUAAUUUCUUCUGGAGCUUAAAGUUCUUGAGAACGUUGAAGUUGCGUGGAACACUCAUAUCUGAACUGCCAAGCUCCAUUCGGAAUGUCAAAGAAUUACGAUAUCUUGAUGUCUCUUACACACCCAUUACACAGUUGCCUGAAUCAAUAACUUACCUUCAUAAUUUACAAACCUUAAAACUUAGAGGUUGUGUACAAUUUUAUCAGUUACCUAAGGAACUGGAGCAGCUAACCAAGCUGCGCCAUAUUGAACUUGAUAUCAUGAGGCAACUGGAUUCCUUGCCUGCAAACUUGGGAAAGUUGACUCACCUGCAGACACUGUCAGCAUUUCUUGUUGAUAAAGAUGAUGGGUGCUGUAUCGGACAGUUGAAGAAUUUGAAUGACCUCAAAGGAGCACUCUGCAUUUCAAGGCUUGAAAACGUGAUGAAAGUGGAAGAGGCCGAGGAAGCUUCUUUGGUUCAGAAGAAAUGUCUCGAAACGUUGGAGCUCCGGUGGAGUCAUCUGUUAUCUACUAAUAAAGAGAAGCAAGAAGAAAUCCUUGAAUGGCUGGAACCCCAUUAUGGCCUUAAAGAGUUACAAAUACACCACUAUGGUGGGUCAAAACUUCCAACUUGGAUUAGUAAUCCAUCUUUUGCUGACCUUGUUGCUGUUACCCUCUAUAGAUGCAACAAUUGUGUACUUCUCCCUUCCAUGGGAAAUUUACCAGCACUAAAAGUGCUUUCCAUUAUGGAGAUGAAUGAGGUGACAGAAAUCAAUCAUCAAUUUUUCAGAAAUGGCCUAGCUGAUGAUCAAGCUUUCUCUGCAUUUCCAAAACUUGAGACACUAGAAAUUGACAUCAUGGUCAAUCUGAAAGAUUGGCAGGAGGUUCAGAAAGGUGACUUGCCAUCUCUACUUAAGCUCACAGUGGUCUCUUGUCCAGAACUUGUAACACUUCCAUCACUUUCAAGCCUAAAUUUACUCAAGCAUUUGGAAUUUAGGAGUUGUCCAAAGCUUCAGCCCAGUGAUCAACUACCAGAUUCCCUUGAAGCAUUGAUGAUUGUAGAUUGCCCUCGAAUCAAAGAAUGGUUCCAUGAGGGGGAUGGUGCAGAAUGGAGCAAGAAGCAUCGCACCAUAUGGCUUGAUGAGGAAGAGAUAAAGUUGUAAAAAGAAGGGUGAAAGUGGGCACAAAAGUUUGGUAGAGAAGGUUCAUGAAGAACUUACUCAAGAUCCACUUGACAACAUAAGCAUUCCUUGACGAUACAGGCAAUUUAGCUGAGGUUUGCUGCAAUAAAGAACAAAUUUGGUAGAAGAAACUCCGGAGACUGUUUGAUUUUAUGUUAUACUUGUUUGAUGUCAUUAGGACAGUACCGAUAUGUAUAAUUUGCACCAAUCAAAAGAGUAUAAUGGGAAGACAUGGGAGCCAUUAUUGUUUACAACAACAACAAAACAAAUAGUCCCAAACUGACAAUCUCCCAAUGCAACAUAUCACAAGUUUUCUCUAGUUCUAACUUUGGUGCCAAUAUAAGCAGUUUUAUGUU